AUGGCGGGCGAAGACGACUGCUUCGAUGAAGAUCUUCUUUUCAAAGAAUUUGAGGUAGAAAAGGCGAAAAAGACCGUCAUAGGAGAAAAUGAGGGCUGCAAUGAGAAAAGGUCAUCGAAAUCUUUAAAAAAAGAGAAUGUACGCCUAAAGAAAGCUCUGAAAACUUUGAUCAGUAUGUUGAGGGUCGCUCAUGCUCCAACAACGGGAAGCGAAAGUUCAACGCCGGAAGCAUGUUUACCUCUGUUUCAGGCAGUCUUUUUUGAUAACAGGGCAUCUAUAAGAAACAGAGAAAAAGUCGAGGAGUUUGUGCAAUCUCUACAGCAACGCAACUCCGAGAAUGGCGACGAGAGAGAAUCGUUUGGUAGCGAGAAUUUUCCGCCAUCUAUCUUUGAACUCAAUUAUGAACUGGAGAAGCUUACCAGCCAAGGUGAUGGUUGCAGUACGUCGAUGGCUGUUAUAAGUUCUCUUCAGUACUACGAUCAAUACUGCAUAGACUGUUGUGGGCUUCCUCUGAUUGACUAUAAUCCCAACAUUAGUGACGGAUGGAAUAUUCCAAAAUAUGAACAGGUUUAUUUCAGUGUUUUGCCCCAUGAUGAAGAGACGCCGAGGGUAAAGAUAAAACAAAGUAGGGCUUGUUUUAACUGUGGCAACUUUGGCCACAAUGUUCAAGACUGCCCUGAACCCCGAGAUUUUGCCAGAAUUAGUGCAAAUAAGAGAGAGUUUGUCAAUAAAUUUGUCUCCCCUAUAACUGGUAACUUAAAAUCCGCAAAAAGGAGGUACCAUGGUGAUGAAUCAGUUGAAAAGCGCUUUGAAGAGUUUAAACCAGGAACAAUAAGUGACAACCUUAAAGAAGCCCUUGGACUUGGUCAAGAAGACCUUCCUUUGUACAUUUAUAGAAUGCGAUAUCGUGGUUAUCCCCCGGGGUAUUUACCAAAGGCAGCAAGACCAAGCUUACUUCUUUAUGAUGGGGAUGGUAACAUUGAUGAUUACGUUGUUGAAGAAGAUGAUGUUCACAUUUCUCUUAUUGAGUAUCCUGGAUUCAAUGUUCCUCUUCCAGAAGGUGAAAUAUUUACCGUUGUAGCAUUUUUAGAAAGCUUGUUCAGCUUAUGAAAGUCAUUCAAUUCAGGUAUAUCGGAGGAUUUGACAAUAUUUUACAAGGAGAAAAUUGAGUUUGAGGCUACCAGGCUCACACAAACCUUAGUUAAAUUCAAAAUAAAUUUUUUACUCUUUCAUCACCAGUGGACCCUUGUGAAGCUAAAGCAAAAAAUUUUCUGAACACAGAUGACCUCUUAAGCAGCUAUAUAUCGGGGAUUGAAAUCCCCAAUAUUUAUGUAAGACAAACUCUUCUGGUUUCUGCAUGUUUGCUUUUUUUAAUAGGGAGAAAAUAGCAAACUUUGAUUUUAAUUCUCAUAACCUGUUUGUUUGAUCAUCUUCGGUUACUACUGGGAGAAACUUGAUUAUGAUCACUAUUGAGAGGGUUUAGCAGCGUCUGGUAGCACCUUACAACUUUACCUUUUCCCUUCAAGACUAGAAACAUCAAAGUUUUUGAACAGAACAUAUAUGCUGGCAACCCUAGUUUUUGCAGAUUUAGAGAGUUGGGCUCUGUGCAAUUUUUCUGACUUAGAGCUCAGCCUUGCUACGCACACUUUUUUUCUAUUAGGUGUAAGAGACAACUCAGCUAAGAUGGGAUUUCCACCGAUGCAGAUGCAUCAGCAUAUUGACAACUUAGCAGCUAUGUUUAGACACACAAGAGGACUUGCAAACAGGGGAACAUUGAAUCAAACCAAGAAAAGAAAAAGACCAGAGCUGGACCGAGAAGAAGAGGAUAUGGAAGUUGAGGAAGAUGGUAAAAAGAAUUAUUACUAAUAACCAAUGUGUUUCAUUUGAAAUAGACAGUGUUGGACCCCCAUAUGAGGAAAUGCCAAAGCACUGAAAAAGUAAUAAUAGCAAACAAUAAUGAAUAAUGGAAUGAUUCAUUAUACCAGGGUUAUUUCAUAUUGAGAUCCUGUCCCAUGCAUAUUACUAUAACUGGAAAGGGGAAUAGUUAAACCUGAGUUUUGCUCAGGGUUUCAUUCUAGUGGGUCCGAUUACUGUAACUGCAUCAGGGUUUUCAUUUGAUUUUGUCUUGAAGAUUGUUUUUUCUUUGACAUUUUAAUUUUCUGUGGAAGAAAACAUUCUUGCUUUGUAGUGCAUUUAAAGGGUUAGGAAUUUCAUUAUUUCGUUGUUUAUCCUCUUACAGGUGGAAAGAAUACAUCAGUAGAGUUUGGAUCUGCAGUUGUUAAGAGAACAAAGUAUGAUUUCGGUGAAGACAGCACUCAGGAAGACAACCCUGGCUACUCUCCCUCCCACCCUGGUGUUCAGUGUGGAUCAGAAGAAGAGGAACUUCUGAAACGUUUCAGAAAGCACAGUGCAAGUGGCACCUCACAUCACCCUCCCUCAGGAGGCAGUUUAACAAGCAAAUCAAAGAUGAAGAGGAAGAAUAGCUUAGAAGAAGGUGAGGUGAUCUCUGAUUGUGAAGGUGAGCUGGAUGAUGGAGACGAAGAAGAAGAUGAUUUCCCUGAGACCAGUCUUGGCUGGUGGCUGAAGGAGCCAUUAGAGGCUGUGUCCAGUACUCAGCCAAAGCUUUCACCUCCUCCUAAACCCUCGGUACAGCUUCCUCUGGAGGCACUAUCAAGAUUCUACACCAACAGCACAGUGCUGCAGAAGAUGAGCUUUGAGGAUAGAGUUAUGUGGCUGGAUCCCAUAUAUGGUAACAUCCAACCGGUGUCUGGGCGAUAUGACAAGCUGCGUCAACUACUAGGAAAAAGGAGUGUCACCAAGUAG